UUUUUUUUCCCGUGUUCUGCCUUCCGCAAUUUAAGAUUCUCAUCUUAGAAUCCACGUGGACGCAUCUUAGAAUUCGACCGUUGGAGCGCUGUCGCCAGCCGGAACCUCAAAUUCCCCCCCUUCUCCGCCCAAACUUCAGCAAGGCAAGAGCGCAUCUCUCUCUCUCUCUCUCUCUCUCUCUCUCUCUCAUGGGGAUCUCCGCAGAAGCCGAGCAAGAAGAAAAGGUGUCGACCAUGGAGAGGCGCUGGACUCUCAAUGACUUUGACAUUGGAAAGCCUCUUGGACGAGGGAAGUUCGGUCAUGUUUAUUUGGCCAGAGAAAAGAAGAGCAAUCAUAUUGUGGCACUGAAGGUUCUGUUCAAGAGCCAGCUUAAACAAUCUCAGGUUGAGCAUCAGUUGCGUCGUGAAGUAGAAAUACAAAGUCACCUACGGCACCCAAAUAUAUUGCGUUUAUAUGGUUAUUUCUAUGAUCAGACCCGUGUUUAUUUGAUAUUAGAAUAUGCAGCAAAAGGUGAGCUCUACAAAGAAUUGCAGAAAUGCAAAUAUUUCAGUGAAAGACGAGCUGCAACUUAUGUUGCAUCAUUAGCACGGGCCUUGAUCUACUUGCACGGGAAGCACGUUAUUCACAGAGAUAUCAAACCGGAGAACCUUCUGAUUGGUGUCCAGGGUGAGUUGAAAAUUGCAGAUUUUGGUUGGUCUGUUCACACAUUUAGUCGCAGGCGGACCAUGUGCGGGACAUUGGAUUACCUUCCACCUGAAAUGGUGGAAAGUGUAGAACAUGAUGCUAGUGUGGACAUUUGGAGCUUGGGUGUCUUAUGCUAUGAGUUCCUAUAUGGAGUUCCACCAUUUGAGGCAAAGGAACAUUCAGAUACAUACAGAAGGAUCAUCAAGGUUGAUCUGAAGUUUCCUCCAAAACCAAUUGUUUCUUCUGCUGCGAAAGAUCUUAUUAGCCAGAUGCUUGUCAAAGACUCCUCACGGCGUCUUCCACUUCACAAGUUGCUUGAGCAUCCAUGGAUACUCCACAAUGCAGAUCCAUCAGGCAUCUAUAGAGGGUAACAUGUAGUUUAAAAGACAGGCAAUUCCCCAGAUGUUAGUGGAGUCACAGGAAACCCAACCUCCAAUAAAUUUGGAGGAAAUUUGUGGAUCAAAUUCAUUGAUUGUAUGUAUUUUAGCUCUUUUGUUUCACCUGGUUUUUGGGUUGAACAACCUGACUGAUAGGAUCAUUGUUGACAUCUGAUGAGAGCCGGUAAAGUCAGGAGUUGUAACAGUGAACUAACUUGUAUUUUGUAUGGUGGUUGAUAUCUCUGCUUGCAUGUUUAGAAAUUUUUUAUGUA